AUGGGGUUGUCCGUCAUUCAAGAGCAGCAUGAUGCUAUCUUGGGGCAGAUCAAGAAGAUCACUCGAGGCGAUUGGAAAUGCCUGAUCGUCGACGAGAACUCCAAAAAGAUCAUUGACAAUGUCGUCAAGGAGGAUGACAUUCUCAAUAACAAUAUCGCCACUAUCGAGCGAAUCGAGAACCGUCGCGAACCGAACCCCGAGAUGGACGCAAUCUAUAUCCUGUCGCCUGAAUCCUUCGCUGUCGAAUGCCUUCUCGCCGAUUUCGAGAUGCGACGUUAUCGCAGCUAUUACCUCGUCUGGACCGGCCUCCUCGACCCCUCAUUGCGACGCAAGAUCGACGACUUUCCUGGAGCCCGACAGCUCCGUGCCGGUUUCCAGACCAUGUUCGUCGAUUUCUUGCCUCGAGAAUCGCAUCUCGUUACCCUUCGCGACCCCUGGAGCUUUCCCAUGCUCUUCCACCCAGCCUGUAACGCCAUCGUUCCAACACACAUGAAGGGUCUAGCGCAAAAGAUCGCCGGUCUUUGUAUUACACUCGGAGAAUACCCCAAAGUUCGUUACUACAAGCCGCAAAGCGCACGCCACGAGGCAGCCGUCCUCUGCACUCACCUGGCUCGAUUUGUCCAGGAAGAGCUCGAUGCGUAUGCGCAAUGGGACACUAGCUUUCCCCCACCCUCACCGCGGCCACAAGCGACACUCGUCAUCACAGACCGAUCGAUGGAUUUGAUGUCACCUUUGGUCCAUGAGUUCUCCUACCAAGCCAUGGCACACGACCUCCUGCCGAUCAAGGACGGCGACAAGGUCACUUAUCGUACGACAAUCAACGAGGGAACACCAGAAGCUGAAGAGAAAGAUAUGGAGCUCACAGACAAGGACAAGAUAUGGGUGGACAAUCGACACAGACACAUGAAGGACACGAUUGACAAACUUAUGGGCGAUUUCCAAAAGUUCCUCCAACAAAACCCCCACUUCACCAAUGAGAAUGCCGACACGACCAACCUUAAUACGAUUAGAGAUAUGUUGGCAGGCUUGCCGCAGUUUCAAGAGAUGAAGGAGGCAUAUUCCCUGCAUCUGACCAUGGCGCAAGAGUGUAUGAACAUUUUCCAGAAGCACAAGUUGAUGGACAUCGCCUCUAUAGAGCAAACGCUCGCAUCUGGACUGGACGAGGACUUUAAGAGACCGAAGAACAUUCUCGAAAUGAUCGUACCUCUGUUGGACGACGAGGCCGUAUCACCUUCAGACAGGCUGCGCCUCAUCAUAUUAUUCAUUCUCUAUCGGGAUGGUGUAGUUGACGAAGACAUCAAACGACUCUUGGCCCACGCCUCCCUCCCUCAGUCAGACCGCGAGGUUGUAUUGAAUUUUGAGCAGCUUGGUGGACAUAUGACACAUGCACUCAAGGAUGUGCGCCAGAUCCCCCCGCCUCUAUUCCCGAUCGAUCCAAAAUCGACACAAUUGAACGAGGAAUAUGGAUUAACACGAUUCGAGCCUGCAAUGAAACACAUGGUGGACCAUCUGGCAAGGGGCAUGUUAGAUCAGACUCACUUCCCUUAUGUGAAGCCACCACUGGACCCCAAUGAGGAGCUUCACUUGGCACAGGGAGGUUCUCUUCGUGCUGGUCGACCAAAUUGGGCAGCAGCUGGACGCCGUCCACCAGAGAAUCGACAGCGAUUAAUUGUCUUCAUGGCUGGAGGUGCUACAUACAGCGAGAGCCGAUCGUGCUACGAAGUUGGUGAAGCGCGCAGUCGAGAUAUCAUUCUCGUCACUUCUCACAUGAUUACUCCUCAGUUAUUUAUUCGCCAAGUGGGCGAUCUCAGUCGCGAUAAGCGUCAACUUGACUUGCCCCUGGAGCGACCGAAGCGACACGCUCCACGGCAUCUCUUUGAGCGACCAGCUCCUCCUCGCCCAGCACCAUCACAACAGCCCUCACAGCAAGGACUGCCGCCUGGUCCCACGAACCGACCCGGCGGCCUUCCUUCAAGACCUGGCCCUGGCCCUGGCAUGGCGCCCCCAACAGCUGCCAUGUCAAACAUGUCGAUUAAUAAUAGCCACGGUAAUAACGCAGCACCACCACGACCGACAUCGCACCACAGUGUUCAACAACACCACGAGGAGCCAGGCAAGCUUCACAAGGAAAAGAAGAAGCGUAACUUCCUAGGGAUCAAGAAGUAG